AUGCAGUAUUUAAGUAUUUAAAAAUGUUUGUAUUUCUUUUAAAUUACCUUAAAACAAAGCCUAAUAUUAAAUAAAGUAAGAGUACAGAAAGCGGUAAACAUAGCGACCAUAAAGACUAAUAAAACCAUAAAGGUUUUAAAUUUGGAUAUCUUGAAAAAAAGCAAUCGAUUGAUUUGCUUGUUAAGCUCAAAGAAUUUCCUGAUACCUAAAUUGGAAUCUUAAAAUAGUUAGGAAUAUUAAAAUUAAAAAAGCUCAACAAAGAUAGAAUCUGAAGGUGAUCAGUUAAAAUUUUAGAUAUAAUUUAAGGUUUAUCUUAUUAUCUUACUAUAUUAUUAUUAAAUUAAUAACUUUUAAUACAAUAUUUAAUUUAAAAAAAAUAAAUCAAAUUAAAAUUAAAUCUUUUUUUAAUUUAAAAAAGAUUAUUUCAUUAAUUAUUUCUAAAUUUAAGCUAAUAAAAUACAUGUUGACCCUAAAUAGACUAAAUCCAUUUUUGUGAUAAAGUAGCCUGCUAACUUAGCUUGCUAUUUAUUAAUUAUAUUUCUUAAAAGGGCAAAUAUAUAGUAAAAGAUGAUUAUGAAUAAAAUUAAAUUUUAUGUAAUAAUGAUAAAGCUAUUUUCCUCACAACUGUAGCAUUCUCCCUAGCUAAAUAUUUAUUGA